AUGGAAUUGGCAUGGUUACUGGAGGAGCAAAGUUGUGCCCAACACUGCAGUGCCCUAUUCCAUUCAAUUGUUUUUAGCGUGGCUCUGCGUCAAGGCCACAAGGCUGGCGGAGACAGUCAGGUGCCAGCGUUUAUCGUUGCUGUGACGAUCCGGUACACCAACGCCACGAUUCCACAAUGGAACUGCGGCAACCUGCGCUCGAUUGCCUGUCCCCACGAUGAUGAAUAGGCCGCCGGGGACGGCCCUGGACGCGGCCAGAAGGCAGCCCCGGAAGUUGAACUGGGCUACUGCGAAAGAAGCCCCUGCAGCGGGGAUCGAUAUGCCAGCCGACCGACCGGGGGCUAUUGGGCGGAUUACGACGAACGGGAUGGUACCCGGAUGCGGUGCGACUAUAUUCUUCGCAAGUCUGUAGUAGUCGUUGGACCGGAUUUGUCUGAACUGGACAGCCAGUCACGCCGUCACUUGCUGUCUGACCAGUUCAUUGAUGGAGUGCAACCGGCACUUGGUGCCCAGUUGCGGUUUGCGAGAGCAGCUAGCCUGUUGCGUGUGGAGGAGCUCUUUCAUCUGAAACGGGAAUAUGCCAAGGCACCACUGAAAACGUAG